CCCCACCAGGCACACGCACCCCCGGCGGCGGGCCUUGUGGUCUCACCGCGCGCAGGAUCCGGGCCGGGCGGGGGCGGGGCGUGUCCGCGGAGGGGGGCGGUUGGCGGCUCCCGAGCCCAGCGCCGCGCUCCGUCCGGACCCCGUGACCGGCAGCCGAGGCCCCGCCUCCGUCUGUCUGUCCUUCGGGCUGUCAGCGCAGCAGUGCGGGUGAGGCGGGCGGCUGGGGAACGAGGCUGCCCGCGGUCAGGGGUCUAGCGGCGGCAGGGCGGGGGGCCGAGGGGCGGGGCCUGGGAGGAAGGCGUGGCCUUCGGGGACUGCGGCUCGGCCUGGGGGCGGAGCCGGGGCGGGUUGGGGACCGGCCGGGUUCCGCUUCUACUGGAGCCCGGUGCGUAGAAUUCCAUGCGAGUGCCGGGGAGUUCCUGGGGAGCCGGACUCCUCAUUUGGCCCCCAGCGUGUUGACCGAGCCCGCUUCGCACAGCCCUUCCUAGGGUGUGGAGAGCGGGCCCCGCCCUGAAGGGGCACCGUGGGCUGGGGGGCUUGUUUUGGAGCAGGCACGGGUGGCCGAGCUUCGUGACCAUGAAGGUCAAGGUCAUCCCCGUGCUCGAGGACAACUACAUGUACCUGGUCAUCGAGGAGAUCACGCGUGAGGCGGUGGCCGUGGACGUGGCCGUGCCCAAGAGGCUGCUGGAAAUCGUGGGCCGGGAGGGGGUGUCUCUGACUGCCGUGCUGACCACCCACCAUCACUGGGACCACGCGCGGGGAAACCCGGAGCUGGCGCGGCUGCGUCCCGGGCUGGCGGUGCUGGGCGCGGACGAGCGCAUCUUCUCGCUGACGCGCAGGCUGGCGCACGGCGAGGAGCUGCGGUUCGGGGCCAUCCACGUGCGCUGCCUCCUGACGCCCGGCCACACCUCGGGCCACAUGAGCUACUUCCUGUGGGAGGACGAUUGCCCGGACCCACCCGCCUUGUUCUCGGGGGACGCGCUGUCGGUGGCCGGCUGCGGCUCGUGCCUGGAGGGCAGCGCCCAGCAGAUGUACCAGAGCCUGGCCGAGCUGGGCACCCUGCCCCCCGAGACGGUGUUCUGCGGCCACGAGCACACGCUCAGCAACCUGGAGUUUGCGCAGAAAGUAGAGCCGUGCAACGACCACGUGAGAGCCAAGCUGUCCUGGGCUAAGGCACGGCCCCUUUCCGGCCUCGGCAAGAGGGUGGGGGGCACAGGCUUUGGGGGCUUUCAGAGAAGGCCCAAUGGUGACCAGGGCCUGUGGUCACUCCAGAAGAGGGAUGAGGAUGACGUGCCCACAGUGCCGUCGACUCUGGGCGAGGAGCGCCUCUACAACCCCUUCCUGCGGGUAGCAGAGGAGCCGGUGCGCAAGUUCACGGGCAAGGCGGUCCCCGCUGACGUCCUGGAGGCGCUCUACAAGGAGCGGGCGCGCUUCGAACAGGCAGGCGAGCCGCGGCAGCCACAGGCGCGGGCCCUCCUUGCGCUGCAGUGGGGGCUCCUGAGUGCAGCCCCACACGAGUGACCCAUCCAGACCCUCACAGGGCUGGGGCCUGCGUCCCUCCUCGUGACCUCAGCUAGGUAGACCCGCGCAAGGGCCGCCUCUGGAACAUUCUUCGAGGCCCUGGCCAGCCGUUUGCGCAGCCUCGGAGAGUGGCCUUGCGCUUCCUGGGUGGACACACAGGACCACUGUGCAGGCCCGUGUGGGCCCCGAGACCUGAGUUUCUGGGAAGCGGGGCACAUGGGGCUUCUGAACUACAAAUAAAGCUUCGAAAGGCC